AUGAAGCUCCUUCCCUCUGUCCUGCUGCUCGCUGGAGUUGCCGUGUACGACACGUGCGCGCGCGGUCUGCAACACGUCGGCAAGCUGCAAUCCACCUACGUCGACCCGCACCAACGGGCCGCCGAACGAUCCUCGCGCCUCCUGGCCACAAAACAGUCCAACUCGGCCGUCGUUGGCGACACUCUGCACCUCAACGCCAAGACGCAGGCGUUCGUCGUCAAUGGCACGGGAGUUCCCGAUGUCAACUUUGAUAUCGGCGAGUCGUACGCCGGACUGCUGCCUAUCAGCUCGAACCCGGACGAGGAGCGCAAGCUGUACUUCUGGUACUUCCCGUCCAAGAACCCCAAGGCUACGGACGAGAUUACGAUCUGGUUGAACGGCGGUCCUGGGUGCAGCUCGUUGGAGGGCCUGAUGCAGGAGAAUGGACCCUGGCUGUGGCAGUAUGGAACGUAUGAACCGGUGCCUAAUCCGUGGACGUUCCAGAACUUGACGAACAUGGUCUGGAUCGAGCAACCGGUCGGGACGGGCUUCUCGCAGGGCACGCCAAACAUCACAACCGAGGCCGAGCUCGCCGAACAGUUCAAGGGCUUCUGGCACAACUUUGUCGACACCUUCGACCUGCAGAACCGAAGCGUGUACAUCACGGGCGAGUCGUACGCAGGGCAGUACGUGCCCAACAUCGCCAGCAGCAUGCUCGAUGAGAACAACAAGGAGUACUUCAACGUUACGGGUAUUAUGAUCUACGACCCUUCGAUCAACACGGAUGCCGUUCUCGAACAGGUGCCCGCUGCAGCGUUUGUCGACUACUGGGGCGGACUAUUCCCGUUCAACGACACGAUCAAGAACCAGAUCAAGGAGAUGGACAGCAAGUGUGGAUACACGGCGUAUCUGGAGGAACACCUGACGUACCCGCCGAAGGGCAAGUUCCCCGAUCCCCACCCUACCACAGACGAGUGCGACAUCUUUGAUUUCAUCUACACCGCGAUCUACGACAUCAACCCGUGCUUCGACAUCUACCAGGUAGCCACCACUUGCCCCGUUCUCUGGGACGUGCUGGGAUUCCCGGGCUCGUUCGACUAUCUCCCCGCGGGCGCUUCGAUCUACUUUAACCGCACCGACGUCAAGAAAGCCAUCAACGCCCCCGUCAACACCUCCUGGACCGACUGCAGCGUCGGGCCCGUUUUCAACACCAAGUCCGGCCUGGACCAGGGCGCACAGGACGGCCACUUGAGCUCGACUACCGUGCUACCCGGGGUGAUCGACCGCGUGGAACGCACCAUCAUCGGCCACGGCCUGCUCGACAUGGUGCUCCUCCUGAACGGUACGUUGCUGUCGAUCCAGAACAUGACCUGGGGCGGACAGCAAGGGUUCCAGAAGCCGAUCACGGAAGACUUCUACGUGCCCUUCCACGACGACGAGCAGUACGCCACGCUCGCCGCGUCCGGUGUCAUGGGCAAGACACACACCGAGCGCAAAUUGACGUUUGUCAGCAUCAACUUGAGCGGACACAUGGUACCCCAGUACCAACCCUCGGCCGCGUUCCGCCACCUCGAGUUCCUUCUCGGUCGCAUCCCGAGCUUGACCAGCAGGGAGCCGUUCACCUUCUUCAACAACGGCCUCCAGGCCGAAAAUAACCCCAUCGACGACAAGAAGAGGAGGGCGCUCGCCGCCUCGGCAGCCGAAGAGAAGGCCAGAGAGCUGCAGGCUAGACAGUUGCAGUACAGAGGCCUCGCCCAGCCCGAGAUCAGCGAGAUCAUCGCCGAUUAUAUCUAG